AUUUGAUUUGAUUUUAAAAAGUCUAUAUGCUUUCAGAAUGAAAGAGAGGGGGUAGGUACAUGAAAAACCAACCUGUAAUAAAACUGUCGUUUAAAGAAAUCUUUACAUAUGGGUUGCUCGUAAAAAAAAUAAAAUCACGAAAUGAUGUCUUGUCAAGCUUAUAACAACACUAAUUUAAACUUAGGAGGGUGGUAUCAAUGGAUGAAGAAUUACAGAAGCUAAGUAAUCAUAGAUUACUGAAUGUUUAAAAACAAAGAACGCGGAAAGCAUUAGCUUACCACCAGCGAAACGUCUUUAAGUGUGUAUGAAUCGGUAAAUGUUACAUUUAUUUGCAGCUAGCUUCAAAGUUUUCAUUCCGUGUGUUACGGCUAUGAUUUCUAAAAAUUUCAAUAUCGAAAUGCUCCAUUUGCAAUACUGUUUGGGCAACAUUUUGUUUAGUUUAUACAAAAAAGCAUAAAAAAUAUAGUGCCCGUCCAUUUGACCAAGUGUUCUGUUUACAAAACAAAGUAAAAGACGUGAUGAAAUAAGCAAGUGGAGUGCGACAAGUGUUUGAUGAUAUUUGAGACAUUGUCAGUUCCUUUUACACCUAGCAGUGUCAACAGAUACCUCAUAAAGGUAAAUGCUGCUUUUCAUGAGUGUAAUCUAGUUUUCAUCAAUAUGAAUGCUGUCUAUUGAUUUGUUGACGAAUGACAGAUUAGCUGGGAAGCUGUGUGGUCACGCUUGACAGAGAAAAAGGUCACAAAGAGUUUUUAGAUUUGCUGUUUUGAUGUCUUCUUACCUGGCGAAGGUAAACAAAGAAGCAAAAUGCCGAGGAGGAAUUGUGUUCUGUUCUUAAAGAAUCUCGUGGCAUUACGUCCCCUAUUCUUGGUGCCGAUUGCUUUUCUUGCCCCACUUCCACUCUUGGAUGACGGCGCGGUGGAGUCACGAUGUUCUUACGUUGUGGUGGUGAUGGCCAUUCUAUGGUUGACGGAAGCCCUGCCUAUUCCGGUAACAGCACUAAUGCCCGUAUUUCUCAUACCCAUGUUUGGCGUGCUCCCUGGAAAAAAAAUCUGUGCAGCCUAUGUAAACGACACGUCUAUGUUGUUCCUGGGCGGACUUAUUGUGGCUGUAGCGGUAGAAGAGGUCAACCUUCAUAAACGUAUAGCAAUGGCUAUCCUCUCCCUAGUCGGCUCCCAGUCCAAUCUAUUGAUGCUCGGGUUAAUGAUACCCACGUGGUUUUUGUCCAUGUGGAUCAGUAACACUGCAGCGACAUCUAUGAUGGUUCCAAUUAUAACAGCGUUAGCAACGCAGACAGUGGAACUGGAGACAAAUGAAAUCACUCAAAAUGGAGGUGUGAAAAACGAAGGAUUUGAAGACAUGGAAAUUGAUGAAAGUGGAAAAGAGAAUGAAGGGAAAAUUCCAAACGGAAAUACUACACAUAAUGGAAAUAAUGAUGUGAAGCAAUCGAAAAGAAAAGCAGCAGAAAUGAAGAAAAUGAGCAAAGGGUUUGCUUUAUGUGUUGCCUAUGCGGCAAAUAUUGGAGGCGUUGCAACGCUAACGGGCACGCCCCCAAAUCUCAUUUUGCAGGGACAAGCCAAUGAAUUAUACUCUGGUCGAGCUCCAGGGACGGAUAGCGGAAUCACCUUUGCUAAAUGGAUGGGAUUCGGGUUGCCUCUUUCUAUUAUUGUACUGGUGCUAGCCUGGAUUUGGCUCCAAAUUAUGUUUCUCGGCUCUUCAUGUUUCCGAAAACAAGACCCCGCUAAAAGAAAAGCAAUAAAGUUGAUCAUAGAUGAAGAAAAGAAAAAACUUGGACCAAUCAAAUUUGGAGAGGUUGUUGUUAUGGUUUUGUUCGGUAUUCUAGCAGCUCUAUGGAUCUUUCGUGAUAUUCCAGGUUUUGGUGGAUGGAAAGUUCUAUUCAAAGAGGAUAUUAAUCAAGAAUCUUUUGUCCGUGACUCAACAGCAGCCAUGUUGAUUGCAGUCAUGUUGUUCUUACUACCGGCGCAUCUACCGGAAGUGACUUGCUCUAACAAGUACGAAGUUUCAGAACAGGAUCGUAAACCGAGAUACCGCCCGAUUCUUACAUGGAAGAAGACCGUUGUUAAGGUUCCCUGGGGAGUUAUCAUUCUUUUGGGCGGUGGGUUUGCCUUGGCCUCUGCUACUUCCGCCUCCGGUUUGUCAAAGAGAGUUGGUUGCAGCCUGAGAGUUCUUGACAACUUUGAGCCCUGGGUAAUGAACCUGAUUUUGUCCCUUGCUAUUGCUGCCGCUACAGAAAUCACCAGUAACAGUGCCACAGCCACGAUCCUUAUGCCAAUAAUGGCGGAACUGGCUGUUAAUACAGGUUCUCAUCCUUUAUAUCUGAUGAUUACUGCAGCUGUUGCAUGUUCAUUCGCCUUCAUGCUUCCGGUUGCCACGCCCCCAAACGCCAUCGUUUAUUCCACCGGAUACAUCAAGAUUCCAGACAUGGCUUUGGCUGGUCUAAUGAUGAACGCAAUAGCUGUUUUGAUUCUAAACCUUGGAAUCAACACAUGGGGAAAGGCUCUUUUCGACCUUGACAGAAUUCCAGAAAUUUUUGGAAACUCCACAAAGAGUUCUUGCGACGUUGUGGGGAGCACCGCGGCCCCCUUAUUGAGCAACUUCACCACAUCCUUAAUUAACAACGCCGUAAACAUGACCACAGAAAGUUCGAAUCUCUCACUUGCUGGAUAAGUUUAUAGAUGACUUGAACUUGAACUUGAACCUCAUUAAUUAGCUGGAAAUGAGGUAACAUGGGUUUGAUUUCAUGAAUGCUAUUUCUACAACGAUAGACUUGCUACUUGUCCUAAAAAAUUAAUCUUGUGUUAGAACUUAACAUUGAAGAGUUUUUGAUUGCUUAAUUUUUCAGUUUUUUUUUUAACCAUAUCUUUCUGUUUUACUGACAUCUAAUCUUUCAUAACUCGAAAUCAAGAAUUUUCCCAAGAGGGAAACAAUACAUAAAAAGCGAUCAAAACAUGUUUUGAAGAUUUUUUUCAUUUGUUAGAUGCAGAGCAAAAAGGCUUAAGUCUUAGAGUAAGGUAUGACAUAAUUUAGCUUUGAAUGUUUAUACAUGUGCCUUAAUUCACUUUCUGUAAAUACGUGUAAGAAGUACUAGUAUGAUUCAGUUUUCUGUUGUUGUUACUUUUUUGCAUUUGCAUAUUUUGUAUGUUGUUGUUAAUGAAUUUUUAAAUGAAUAUAUAUCUUUGUUAAGAAUCCAAGAACUGAUGACGUGUUCCUAAGUGUUUAUAUUUUACUUUCUUUAUAAAAUCUACAAUUUUUAUUUGUACUUUUUAUCAAGAACCAAUGUGCAAUAAAAGUAUUGAUUGAAACCAAAA